GCCACGUCCUCAGCCGCCAUUGUAGGAACGUGGAAGUAGCAGCACAUAGCCAAGAUGAAUAUUUUUAGGCUUGCAGGGGAUAUGUCCCAUUUAUUAGCAAUUUUAAUAUUGCUACUUAAAAUGUGGAAAAGUAGAUCUGUCGCAGGUAUAUCCGGGAAAAGUCAGAUCCUAUUUGCGAUGGUUUUUGUGACACGGUACCUUGAUCUAUUUACGUCAUUCAUCUCUGUAUAUAACACAUCCAUGAAGCUGUUUUUCAUCGUGUCCUCCUUCCUGACCGUGUUUCUGAUGUACUUCAAGUUCAAGCCUACAUAUGACAGUAACCAUGACACUUUCCGUAUCUUGUUUUUAAUUGCACCUGUUGGAGGCCUGGCUUUCCUUGUCAACCAUGAAUUUUCACCUAUGGAGAUCCUGUGGACCUUCUCAAUCUAUCUAGAAUCUGUGGCCAUUCUACCCCAGCUCUUUAUGGUCAGUAAGACAGGUGAAGCAGAGACGAUAACAAGUCACUACCUGUUUGCCUUAGGGUCCUACAGGUGCCUUUACCUGUUCAACUGGCUGUACCGGUACUACUUUGAUGGAUUCUUCGACUUGAUUGCUGUUGUAGCAGGAGUUGUACAGACCAUCCUUUACUGUGAUUUCUUCUAUUUGUAUAUCACGAAGGGCAAAGGAUCACUACUGUUUUCAAAUAACGAGAUUGUUUUCAAGGAUGCCCCAUUGCUGGAAGUUUAAAGUGAUGCGAGGCAAGAAGAUAUCUCUACCAGCAUAAACAUCAUAGGAAAAAAUCAAGGAAAUCGGCCGUUAAGGCUAUUGGGAGAUGGAUAGAGUGUCAAUGUACCAUAUUAUUAUGCAGAUAUACAAAACAUUGUGGCAUUUUAGUGGACAGGUACUUACCAUCAUAAAAUAAAACAAACCUGAGAUAUAUGGUGUGUGUAUAAUGGAUAUCUAGGUAUUUUCUUGGACCAGGUUAUUUAUUGAAUACUUUAAAUGGUACAAAAGAAAUUUCUCAUGGCUGUCAUGAAUUAUCGCAUGGCUGACUUGAAUUUUCCUGAUUGUAACCUAAAGCAUUUGUUGUGGUCUUAAAUCAUUGCAUAUUUUGCCCAUUACAUUGAAGACAAAUCGAGGUUUGUGAAGUGAGGGUGGUGUGAAAGAGUUUCUGGUGUGUUUGGUGCUGCUGUUUUGGAUUUGGUGACAUUACAUUGUCCUUGUUAGCAAUGCCGACAGGAACACUUGAGACAACAUAUAAUAUAAACAAUUAUAAUAAACCUUUACAGUGUGUCUGUACAAAAACAAUUUGCCACAUUCAUCUUUUACAUGACAUCAGAUGUCCAAAAGUAUAUGAAAAUUGAAUAAAUAAUUAGCUAUUUUUUGGAAAAAUUAAAACAAUAAAUCUGUAUCAGUUAUUAUUUAAAAAUGUGUUAAAUGAUAACAAUCAUACCUUAUUCAGAUUCUUAUUGGCAUUCCUGAAAUUGGUUGGAAAACUACUGUGAUAACUGGUAAUAUAAUUUUUAAAUAGAGAAUACAUUUAUGUCAUAUUUGUUUUUGUCUGGACAACGUAGUUAAAUAUUUGAAUGUAGGUUUUAACCUAAUUUAGUAGAUUUUAACUCUAGUCAAGUUGCUGUCGCUUUUUGCUUAAUGAAGUAGUUAGAAGUGUAUUCAUCAAGAUCAAAUAUACAGGGGAUUAAUAAUAGAUGUGAAAAGGUAUGUCACUUUUUAAAAAUUCAAAACUGAUCUUAUGCUUAAAUCACUAUUGUAAGAAAAGCAUUCAGCUUGCAUAUUAUUAUAGACUGAUUUGAAAUCAUAUUUGAUGAUAAUCGGUGUACAUAGGUGUAGAAUUAAUGUAUUUUAUGUUUCAAAGUAUGAGAUUGUGCAAGAAUGUUGGCUGUGGUAUGUAUGAAUUACAAAAGUAUUUCUGUAUAAACACUUACUGCUGUUUGAAAAAAUUGAGGACAGAAAUUUAAAAACUUCGCAUCACUCAACAAAAUUGUUUUUUUUUCUUCAAAUUAACGUUUCAGAUAACACCGUUUACAGUUUGACUAACUUGUAAAGAAAAAAUUCAAAACUACUGUUAAGGAAAUGAUUAUAAGUGGCUAUUAGUGUAUUUGUUUGAUCAGAUUAAAUGUUUGGAGGGUGCUUGAUUGAUGAGAAAAUGGCCUGAAAAUGGCAAAUCAUAUCCAUGUAAAUUAUUUCAGUUUUAUCGAGUUUUCUGAUUUCAAAUCACACAAGUUUUCUGAAGCAGAUUUUUUUUUUUUUUUUGAAGUAUAUGAAAUUUUAUUGGUGAUGACAUUUACCAUCAUACUCAUAUUAUUUUUAAUGAAUUAUUGUAUGACUGUGUUGGUGUAUUUCAGUUGUUAAAUUGGAAAGGAUCUAUAUUUUCUAUAGUAUUGGCACUUCCUACAUCACUUCUAACCAAUAAUGAUCGGAAAUUCAUCCCAAUCACAACGCUUUCUAUAUUGUCUUGCCAUGAACUUUACAAAUUUGUAAAAAUCCACAAUAGUCCCAGUGGAAUCACAAAAGAGGGUAAACCUCGGACCAAUAUCAUUACCUUUCGACCAUGUGGGCCAAAAUCUUAGUAUACAUGCUGCUGUUAUAAAUUCAUUGGGAGUUUCAUUGGAGAACAAGAACGGCUGAUGUACUAGUUUGUUCAAUUUAAAAUUACUACAUAUAAAAAACCAGUAGUUACCUAACCAAAUACAUCUCAUAAUAGCAGAUAAAGAUGUGUAAAUGUUUUUUCAGUGGUCAGUGUUGAGUUAGAUAUAUUAACCUUUUGCAUGCUCUGUCGUAUUAUGCUUUUAUUACCCUGCAUUAUCAUAUCGGCACAAUUCAUGUAUUCCUUGUUGUUUUUGCAUACUCAUUUGUACAGUUCUUGAGUAACAAGUUGUGGUUGUAUCGGACAACGGAUGGUUCAGUGUAAAAGUGAACGCAUGGGUUCUGUACAGUUAAUAAAUAACAUUUUGCAGAUA